CUUUCUUUCUAUUUCUGUGCUCAUCACAUCUCAUGUACUUUGCCCAAGAAAUCUCUCCAUCACAAACAAAGCGACAGAAGAAGAGAGACACAAAAGAUUCAAAUUCAACUUUCAAGAAAGAAUUCAUUUGGGGCGCUAACUGAAGCAAACCCUACUGAGAGAAAGAGAGAACCAUGGUGAGAGCAAGAGGGAGUGAGAGUAAAAAAGAGAGGGAGAGUAAAAUACGAUCACAUUCACAACUACUGAGAUCAUUCAUUUUUCAUUUCAUUGCUUAGCCCCACUCUUCUGAAUCAUCAUAGUGCAAGUAAGUGAUCAAAGACAAACUCCUUGUCAGAUCUGGAAUUAUCACUCCCACCAAAAAGAAAGAAAGAAAGGAAGAAGAAGCACUCUUUCUUUCUCCAUUUUCACUACUCUUUCUAAAACCAAAUGAUUGAUGUGGGGUGCAUUAUUCAAGAAAUGGGAAUGUGGGUCUAAUUCAAAUUCAAAUUCUUUGUUUUUCUUGAUCCUCAAGAGUGGUUCUUGUUAGUUAGACAGUGUGAGUGCCUGUUUCGUUGCUCAAAUAAUUUUGAAAAUAAAGAAGAAGAAAAAUGUCAGAAAUGAGAUUUUCUGAUCCAAGCAGACUUCACUUAAAGAAGGAGCUCACUCAAAUCAGAAAGGCAGCUAGAGUUUUGAGAGAUCCAGGUACAACUUCUUCAUGGAAGUCAGCUAGAUCUGCAGCAGCAGCUUCUACUUCUGCUUCUGCUUGGAAACAUUUUGAGAAUGAGAAUGCAAUCCAAAAUGGUGGUACUACUGCUAGUCAUAGUAACAAUAGCAGCACCCAUUUGGGUUCCCAUUUCAAGAGUGUGCUCAAUAAUAAUGGGAGCGACAAAAAAGUGUUCCUUUACAAUUGGAAGUCGCAGAAAUAUUCCAGUGAGAAGAGCGCAUUGCCAAGGAAUGAUGCUGAUGAUAACUGUGAGUCUUGUUCAGUUCAAGAGAGCCUUGAUGAUAGCCUGAGUGAUGCAAGAAACGUCGGGGAUUCGAAGAGUGACACGUAUUUGGGUGAGACAAGGUCUCCUGCAAUGAUUUUCAGACGUAGAGACGCAAAUCUCGUGUCGCCAUCCAUGAGAAGAGCAAUGGGCGUCAAGAAAAAGGGUAAGAAAACUAAUACUCGUCUGGAUGUUCUGUCUAGAUAUCAAGAAAAAGAGAUGAACUUGAGGCGAUUACUUAAGGGCCAUCCUUCAAUGGGUUUGAGUUUAGGUUUAGGAAGGGAUGCUAUUGUUGAACAAUCUGAUGAUACUGAAGAAUAUAGUAAUUCAGAGGAUUUAAGAAAGAUUUCUGGGGCAUCGCCAUUGUUACUAAAACUUAAGCAUAAGAACUGGUCACAUUCUCCUUCUAAAUUUCUGAGAACCAGUCGAAAAGAGGACUCUUCUUAUUGUCACAGCACACCUGCAUUGUCAACUAGUUCUUGUAACAAGUACCGUAAUCGUAACCCGAGCACAGUUGGAUCUUGGGACGCCACCACAACCUCAAUGAAUGACGGGGAUGACGAGGAUGGUGAUCACUUGGAUUUACCUGGUCGCCAUGGAUGUGGGAUUCCUUGCUAUUGGUCCAAACGGACACCAAGAUACAGAGGUGUAUGUGGGAGUAGUUGUUGCUCACCUUCCCUUUCAGAUACUUUAAGGAGAAAAGGAAGUAGCAUGUUGUGUGGUAGUCAGUCAAUGUAUCAUAGACGCCUACGUUCAUGUUCACUUUCUAAUAAGCGCAGAAUUGGUUCAAGAACUGGACAAGCAUUUCUCCCUUUGCUUGCGGACAGUGGUGAUGGCAUAGGAGGGUCAUCGAUAGGUACUGGUCAUAGCGAUGAUGAGCUUUCUACAAACUACGGGGAACUUGAUUUGGAGGCAUUGUGCAGAUUGGAUGGUAGGAGGUGGUCCAGUUGCAGGAAUCAAGACGGGCUGGAGAUCGUGGCUUUAAAUGGAGACGGAGAAGAUGAAGGCACGGUUCAAAAUAUCAGAAGUUUAAGCCAGAAAUACAAGCCAGCUUUCUUCAGUGAACUGAUUGGGCAAAACAUUGUUGUUCAAUCACUUAUCAAUGCUAUUUCUAGGGGAAGAAUAGCUCGGGUUUAUCUUUUCCAAGGUCCACGAGGCACUGGUAAAACAUCAGCAGCUAGGAUUUUUGCCUCUGCUUUAAACUGCAUGUCUACUGAAGAAAUAAAACCUUGUGGGUGCUGCAGAGAAUGCAAUGAUUCCAGUUCUGGGAAGACCAGGGAUCUAUGGGAAGUUGAUGGCACUGACAAGAAGGGAAUUGAUAAAGUUAGAUAUCUUCUGAAGAAAAUUUCGCGUGGGCCUCCAUUGGGCUCUUCACGUUACAAGGUUUUUCUUAUUGAUGAAUGUCACUUGUUGCCCUCUAAGAUGUGGCUGGCAUUUCUCAAAUUUCUUGAAGAACCACCACAGCGAGUUGUGUUCAUAUUUGUAACAACCGAUCCUGACAAUGUACCUCGUACUGUACAAUCACGGUGUCAGAAGUACCUCUUCAGCAAAAUUAAAGAUCGAGAUAUUGUAGCAAGGUUGAGGAAAAUUUCUAACGAGGAGAAUCUUGAUGUUGAAUUGAAUGCCCUGGAUUUGAUUGCUUUGAAUGCUGAUGGUUCACUUCGAGAUGCAGAAACAAUGUUAGACCAGUUGAGUUUGCUCGGGAAGAAGAUAACUACUUCUCUUGUAAAUGAAUUGGUGGGGGAUGUUUCAGAUGAGAAAUUACUGGAACUUUUGGAAUUAGCAAUGUCUUCAGAGACUGCUGAAACAGUGAAAAGGGCCAGGGAUUUGAUGGACUCUGGCAUUGAUCCAAUGGUUUUGAUGUCUCAACUGGCCAGCCUCAUUAUGGAUAUUAUUGCUGGGACAUACAAUGUUGUUUAUGCCAAGCAUGGUGAUUCACUCAUUGGUACACAGAAUUUGACUGAAGCAGAACUGGAGAGACUAAAGCAUGCUUUGAGGCUUCUUUCAGAGGCUGAGAAACAGCUAAGGAUCUCAAGUGACCGCUCAACAUGGUUCACAGCAACUCUUCUACAGCUUGGUUCCACACCUUCAAUGGAUCUCACUCUGUCAAGCAGUAGUAGGAGGCAGAGCUCCAGGACAACUGAGGAAGAUCCUUCAAGUGUUUCAAAGGAAUCCAAUGUUUACAAGCCAAACUCAGAUGCUCAAUAUUUUCCCCGGAGAUCAAGUUCGCCUUCUUCCUUGUACAGGGCAAUAAAUGGACAUUCCAGCCACCAAGGGGAAUAUGAAUUUAAUGCCAAACCCCCUCGAUUGAUGGAUAGCAAUGAUGAAAUGACUGGAAAUAAGGUAUUUAGGUACAAAAACUCAGACAAGUUGGAUGAUAUAUGGGAGAAAUGUAUUGAAAAGUGUCACUCACAGACAUUGAGGCAGCUUCUACAUGCUCAUGGAAAGCUUCUGUCCAUAUCUGAAGUGGAUGGAGCCCUUGCUGUUUAUGUUGCAUUUGAAGAUGAAGAUAUUAAAGCCAGAGCUGAAAGGUUUCUGAGCAGUAUCACAAAUUCAAUCGAGAUUGUCCUUAGAUGCAAUGUAGAGGUUAGAAUUGUUCUUGUGUCAGAUGGUCUGGAUUCUUUGAUUUAUGCAAACCAAUCUGAGUUACAAGAAGGUCAUAGGCAAACAGAAACAACUUUGGCAAAUGAACGGGGUGGGAAGGCUAAUUGGUCUGGUGCAGUAGUUGGUUAUUCAGAUUUAGAAUCACAAGAAGAGUCCGCAAAAUUAUCCAGAGGAAGCUUUAAUGAUGCCAAUGCUGGAGAGAAGCAGGAAAUGCCGAUGCAGAGAAUAGAAUCAAUUAUCCGUGAGCAGAGGUUAGAAACUGCCUGGUUACAGGUGGCAGAGAAGGGAACCCCUGGAUCAUUGAGUCAUCUGAAACCUGAGAAGAAUCAGGUGUUGCCUCAAGAGGACACUUAUCAACAAAAUCAAAUGGAGUCCAUAGAUUCAGCGACACUGUCAUCUCAGAAAUGGGAAGAUGAAUUAAAUCAUGAACUCAAAGUAUUGAAGAUGCAGGAUCAGAGGGUGCUCCGCAAGGAUCAGAUAGGAAAAAUGGUGGAUUAUUAUCCAAUGUCACCAAGCUUGUUACAUGGCAGCAGCUAUGUGGCCAAUGGAAGCAAAGAAAGCCUGGGAUAUGAAUCGAGUUCGGCUGGUGGAGGUUGCAGCGGGCUCUUCUGUUGGAACAACAGUAGAUCUAAUCGGGCAAAGGCCAAAGCGACCCCAGUUGGACCUCGAGGCAGAAGUGGGCGAUUUUCAUUGUUUGGUGAGUGUGCAAAGCAAAAGAAAUCUGAGAGCAGAAAUACAAGAUGAUUGGAACAUCUCAAAUACAAUGCUUGGAGUAAAAAAAAGAAGAAGGUGUUUGCAACUUCACAUAUUUUUCUGUAUUUAUUCUUUUCUGGUUUCAACUCAUUCUUAAGAAUGCAACCACAGAAAAGAUCUAAUGUAAAGGUUUUGUGUUGGCGCGGGGCAUCUCUUUAGCUCCAGCAAUUUUUCUCUGGGAGAAUAAAAGAAACUUGGGAUGAUCUUCAUGGUUGCUUGGGUAUUAGUUGCACAUUUUAUUCCUUUUCACUCUCCUUGUUUUAGUUUUGUCAUAUGGUUAUCCAACUGUUCAUAGUGGGAUUGAGAGAUUCUUGAUUUUCCCAUGAAA